AGCAUAAAUGAAAAUAAGGAAUAUGGCGAUCGUGUAGUCGAUGGAAAUUCACCUAAAAAAUGGCAACACAGAAGCUAGGGGAAUGGGUGAAUUCACUCAUAGCACGAUUUGAUGCACAGUUACCCAUCAAGACGGGCCUGCACACCACCCAGUCCAUGCAGAAUGUGAAGCAGAACAAGGAAUGUUUGGUCAAUGUGAGCAAACACAAGUUCUCGCUCGUCAUCAACGGACUCACCAAAACUUUACAGAGUGUUCUGCAGUUUAAAGUGAACCGUCCCGAGGCAGAGAGGAACUAUCUGGAGUCGCAACUCAUCAUCCUGGACACACUGAAGCAAGUUCUCAACUCUCAACCCAAAGACACAACACGACUGGAUGAAACCAUGUAUGUGAAGCUCUUGUUGCCGGAGAUUUGCAAGUUUCUGAACCAGCAAACAGAGAACCAGCAACUCAAGACACUGGCCUCAGAAGUCCUCUUUGCCCUUAGCUUGAACAAUUUCACCGCAGUCUUCAACAAAAUUUCUGCCAAGUUGGUGGCGUUAUCCCAGGUGGAGGACACGUCUGACCUGUCGGACCUGGAGCUGAUCCAGCACAUGAACAUGGACCUGGCACGACUGACCAAGCUGCUCAAUGAAGUUGUGUCCAAGUUUAAAAUGCUCAAGUCUCGACCGGUCAUCAUCAUCCUGGGACAGAACCUCGAGAAGGCCAUCUGGAACUGGAUGGACAACUACCCCUUAGAGUUCACAGAGCUGCAGAAAAGGCCCAAUGACGAGUUACAAGACUGCUGCGACAAGUUGUUUGACCACCUCAACAGUCUGACCGAGGGCUCAAGGCGCAGGGUUCAAAUCUGGCCGCUGCAGAUGAUGCUGCUUAUCCUGUGCCCGAAAAUCUUGGAAGAAAUCAACAAUGCAGAGACUGGUGCUCCGUGUUCACAACAGUAUUUGAAAAAGCUCGCAGGUGCUGUUCUACAUCUCCCAGCGGCUGAUCCAGCACCAGAUAGCCAACUACACGGAGAUCCUCAAGUGGCUGCGGGAGAUCCUCGUCUACCGCAACCGGUUCCUGCAGAAGCACAGCGCCAACGCCAACAUGGGCAGCAACAUUCCAGUGUGUCGCCAGGCUCAUAUCAAGUUAGAGGUGGUGUUCUUCAUGUACCUGUGGAGCAUCGAGAUGGACGCCGUGCUCACCUCCAUGUCGUGUUUCCGCCUGCUGUGCGAGGAGGCCGACAUCCGCUGCGGGGCCGACGAGAUGGCCGUCACGCAGCUCCUGCCCAACUACCCCGUGUACGCGGAACUGGCCGCGGCUAGCACCGUGCUCACCACAGGUACAUGUGUGUAA